AUGACAGAGAAAGUUCCAGUCACGAACAGCCUCAAUAAGAGGUUAGUUGACGAUGGCACGGACUUCAAGAUGGGCGGCAACGCUUGUAAGCGCAGCAAACACGGCCAGGAGAAUAUAGAAACAGUAGCCGGUCUCACGACUCCUCCGUUCUCUUCAGCAGAGAUCAUCAAGCAGGGAGAAAAGUCUCUGACGGCCUCGCUCUUCUCCCCCAAGGUCACAGCCAAGAUCUGGGGCGUGGCAAAACAAAGCUUCUCAUCGCUCCUUCAUCUGCUAACAAAUAUUUUUUUCGGUGCGAAGUCUUCGCCACCAACCCUUUUCCCAGAGUACACCAAACCAGGCGGCACAAAGUACGUCUACCGCGAACUGGACUUUUGGACCUCGGGCUUCUUCCCCGGGUGUCUCUAUCUCCUCCUCGAGCGAAGGCGUAGGCAUCCCCAUCUCUUGAAACGGCUAGGCUGGUCAGCAGAGGAUGAGCCCAACUUACUACAUCUCGAGUUCGCCUGUAAGUGGUGGACAGAAACCCUCCACCCCAACGCAGAGCUCAAGACGACGCAUGACCUGGGCUUCAUGAUCUUUCCCUGGGCACGACCCGCGUGGGAGCUUUCGGGUGACCGCAGAUCCUUCGAGACGGCUUUAACGGCAGCUAGGUCGCUGUAUAGCCGAUUUGACGCCACCGUGGGAUCCAUCCGGUCGUGGGACAUCUGUGUAACGAAGCGAUACAAGUUCCUGGACCCGAGUAAAGACUUUCUCGUGAUCAUUGACAACAUGAUGAACCUCGAUGUGAUCUUCUGGGCUGCUUCCCAGCUUGGAGACGAUGACAUGUGGAACGCGGCUGUCAAGCACGCCGAAACGACGAGGGAGCACCACAUUCGCCCGGACUCUUCCACCUUCCACGUUGUCAACUUUGACCAGGCGACCGGCGUGCCAAAGGAAAAGAUUACAAAUCAGGGACAUUCUGACACAUCCUCAUGGUCGAGGGGACAGGCGUGGGCUGUCGCCGGAUUCGCGCAGACUUAUGGCUGGACACGGGACAAAUCUUUCCUCGAUACAGCCAUCUCGUGUGCGGACUAUUUCCUUGAGCAGCUCCCUUCGAGCGGGAUCCCGCCGUGGGACUUUGCUGCGCCCAAAGACAUGGCACAACCUCCGGAUAUCAGUGCCUCCAUGAUUGCGGCGUAUGGCAUGUUGCUCAUUCACGAGGCUCUGACGGCGCUUGGAAGGCCAUCAACGUAUCUGAAAAGCGCCAUCGGUCUCACUCGCGCUACCUGUAACAACCACAUCAAUAGUGGCGGAUUCUAUGUGAAGUCUCAAAGGUCGAUCGAUACGGUCGAGCACGGCACGGUGGUUGAAGAAGUAGGUUGGGAUGUGGAAAUGGGGGAUGAGCCGGAGACCAUAUUGAAUGGGGCAACCAUCAACAACUACGAAUUUGCGCCGCGAAGGUGGGCAAACCACGGACUGGUGUAUGCUGACUACUUCUUUCUGCUGGUGGGGAACAAGCUUCUGGAAAUGGGCGUCCCAGAGUUGUUUGACGAGAACCGGUCUUGA